AUGGUCAAAUCUUGCUACUUCUGUAAUUUAAGAGUUCCAUCAAGGACAUUCAACAGAGAGGACGCUCUACUGGUUGGUGAGAUGAAAUUGUCUAUUGUUCGAACUCUGUUGACGACACGCCGGCUAAGGCGAACUUUCCACUGUACUCUGAGCCUGUUGACAGUGCAAUUCUUCAACAGUUCCAAUGGCACGAGUACCCAGAGUGGCUGUAAAGUAUGCCUAGGCCUCGGAGAGGUCCGUUAUAACCUACUUUACGCGGUCACAAGAUGGACUUCAAUAGCCGUAUGUCUGCCCUCAGGAGUGUUAAUCGACAAGCUAGGAAAUGGUUGUUCUGCGAUUCUCUUCAGCAUUUUGCCACUAAUAGGAUCAAUCCUUUUCAUCGUGGGAACCACUUCAGAUGCCCCAGUGACUCCGCCUAUGUACAUACUGAUGUUGAUAGGGUAUUGCUUGUUGGCGUUUGGAGACGGAGCUCUACGUUUUGUUCAAACAAGAGUCGUUGCCCUUUGCUUCCCGGAGUCCACACUCAUCCCCCUAGCGUUCGGCACAUUAGGAUUUUCCGGACAAGCCAUUAGCUUGUUUGUCACACCGACCGUUGCCACGACUAUAGGACUAGUGCCUGCAGUAGUUCUUGAUGCAGUAAUAUGUGGAUUUGGAGUUGUAUGUGCUGUUGGCUUAGCAUUCCUUCUUCAUAUUAAAACACUCCCGAUAGCAGAUGAUUGUCACAACAAAAUGUUGAAGAAUAUCGACUGUGACGGAAUUAUGACCAUGACUUUUCUAAUGUGGAUGGUGCCAUUCUACGCCUUAAUUGGAUUCUGUCCCGGUGUUAGCGUUAUCAUUAUUGGCAUAGGAGAUGGAAUAGGUAUUACUAUUCUUACGGUUAUGAUGUGGCAGCUUCUCGUGGCUUUGUCUCCACCAAAAUAUGUGGGUACUCUUGGGGGAGUGAUGUACGUAAUGGUUAACAUCAUUACAUCCCUGGCGUUGGUUGCAUCUGGAUAUCUAUUAGAGAAAGGCGAUAUCAUUGAGAAAGAGGUGGAACUGCGCAGAUACCAGUAUUUCUUCUUGAUGUUGAUAAUAAUGUCCUGCACGGCAGUGGUCUGUGGAGCCAUGAUGAACGCACUGGAUGUCCGAAAGGCCUACACUUUGAAUUCCAGAAUACGCAGAUGGCAACUAUCCAAUACAGAAUCUAUAGGAUUAAUGUCUAGUACUGAAUCGUCCAACAAGUACUGUGAUAUAAACAAUGUAAUGGAGGAGUCUCCAAUGGAAAAGUUAUCAAUAGCAGUUGGAAAUCCAUUCCAACAGUUCGCUUGCCCGCUGGACAGACACAGUAGUGAUCUUUGA